GGCCGGGCGCGAGGGGCUGUGGGGGCAGUGCCUGGCGGGCAGCUCCCGGGCAGCCAUAGCGAGGCCCCGCCGGGUGCUGCUUUUUGCCCCGCCCCGAGGGCUGCACGCUCUUUCCGGUGCAGGAGGCGAAGAUGGGGACACCGCAGAAGGAUGUUGUAAUAAAACCUGAUGCUCCGAGUACGUUGCUUUCAGAGAAACAUGCAGACUACAUAGCUUCGUAUGGAACAAAGAAAGACGAUUACGAGUACUGCAUGUCUGAAUAUUUGAGGAUGAGUGGUGUUUACUGGGGGCUGACAGCAAUGGAUCUCAUGGGACAGCUGCACCGAAUGAACAAAGAAGAAAUUCUGGCAUUCAUCAAAUCAUGUCAGCAUGAAUGUGGCGGAAUAAGUGCCAGCAUAGGUCAUGAUCCUCAUCUUCUCUAUACCCUGAGUGCCGUCCAGAUUCUGAUCUUAUAUGAAAGUCUCCAUGUUGUUGAUGUAGAUAAAAUUGUUGAAUAUAUACAGAGCUUGCAGAAAGAAGAUGGAUCAUUUGCUGGAGACAAAUGGGGAGAAAUAGAUACAAGGUUCUCCUUUUGUGCUGCAGCAACUCUUGCACUUCUAGGAAAACUGGACGCUAUUGACGUGGGGAAAGCAGUAGAAUUUGUUUUGUCCUGUAUGAACUUUGAUGGAGGAUUUGGCUGUAGGCCAGGUUCUGAGUCACAUGCGGGACAGAUCUAUUGUUGCACAGGAUUUCUGGCUAUUACAGACCAAUUGCAUCAAAUCAAUGUUGACUUGCUGGGUUGGUGGCUUUGUGAACGUCAGUUACCUUCUGGAGGUCUCAACGGACGACCAGAGAAGUUACCUGAUGUAUGUUAUUCAUGGUGGGUUCUAGCAUCUCUGAAGAUGAUUGGUAGGUUACAUUGGAUUGACAGAGAGAAACUGCGCUGCUUUAUUUUGGCUUGCCAGGAUGAGGAGACUGGAGGAUUUGCUGACAGACCAGGAGAUAUGGUGGAUCCAUUUCACACUUUGUUUGGAAUUGCUGGACUAUCCUUAUUGGGGGAGGAACAAAUUAAGGCUGUCAAUCCUGUCUUCUGUAUGCCAGAAGAUGUCCUUCGAAGAAUAAAUGUACAGCCUGAGCUUGUGAGCUAAAUCUCAUGGAGACAGCAAGCUGAUGUACCCUCUUGGUUUGGUUUUACUGAUUGGAAGUCAUCUUUGAAGCUUAGAAUAUUCUUCUUUGAGAUGUGUUUACAUUACUAUAGUAAAGCAGUAGCUUUACUGUGGGCUUUGUCACUUUGUGAACUGUAUUGUAACAGGCUUGUUGUAGUAUUCUGAGUGUAAUAUGUUCUUUGGUUGUAUAUAAGAGAUGUAGAAACAUUUCUAAUCUGUAUCUAAAUAUAUGGGCUUUUUUUUAAUAAUCAAGUCGAAACAGUAGCAUGAAUGGCUUAAUUUUUUUCUAUUCCUGCAACGUCAACUGUGGUAGCAUCUGUCUUUAUGCAAGCAUGUUUUGAUGGUGUAUUACACACAGCACUUUAAAAGAAUAUGGGAAAAAAAGCACCCUACUUAAGCCAUGCACUUAAUGCCAAACACUUGUCUGUUUAAUUAUUUCUGUUCAUUCUUGCCCUCACUUUUAUUUACUGAGAUGCAAGCUUUUUCUUCUGAUAGUCAUUGUUACCAGUGAAAGCAACAAAAAAUGUGGUUCCGUUAAAUACAGGAAUGUACUCUGUUACUGGUGAAGUCCCUUUACACAAAAUUCCACUGAUAGUUGAAGUGGAGCAUAACUUGAGUGUAUCUACAUCACAAAUUGCUAAUGUUAAUCAUUCUAGAGAAAUCUUUAUAGGAAGGUGACUUGCAGCUGAAUAUAGUGCUGAUCCUAAAUUCAUUGCUGGAUUGAAAUUCUGGUUUUGCAGCUUUUAAGACAAAAAUUGCCAACACCUUAUUGUGGUGUAAUUGAGAGUUAAAUUAGCCAUGGAAAACACUCUUCUGAAAGAUGAAAUCCUUUUGUCUUUGCAGAAGCCCUAAAAUUGCAUGUUACUUUAUAUCCUCCCACACACUGUUUGAAACUUAAUGGUAUUCCAGUUCACAGUUAAAAGUAGUUGUGAAGGGGAAGAAGUCAUCUUUGAUAAUCUCUGUAUGUAUGCUUAAAGAAGCUCUAAAACUAUUUCAACACUUUUAAACACCAUCUGGUUAGUUUUAUCCAACCCAUUCAUCUUAGUAGAGUAUAAGGUGCAAUAACUUUUUGGGACGUUCAAAGAUUGUUUGAAUGCUCAAAUAUCAUGGUUCUUUUUUUAACCUUUAUUUCUCCCAAAGCUUUUAGAUGAUGUUAAAAAAGAAAAUGGAUUAAAAUACUUACCUUCUAGUA